AUGCUUCUCAAUACCUUAUUAGAAGAACUUUUGCAAAAAUGGGAAAGGAAAAAAAUAAAUUUGUUCAACGUAUGUUUUAUUUUUCAUUCAAUUAAAAACAGUUUAGUAAAAUCAGAAGAGAGAAAUAAUUUGUUUAUUAACGACCUUAAAGAAGAUAUAUUGAAAAAGUAUUUACAAUUGCUUGACGACUCAAGCGAACAGAACACUGGGGGUGUAGGAAGUAGUAAUGAUGAGAAUAAAUAUUUUUGCCUCGCUUUUUUCACAUUUAUUUUUACGUUAGAAAAUGGGCUCUUGAAAAAUGGAAAUCGCUUCUCGACGUAUUUAGAAGAGCAAUACGUGAGGUCGUAUGAAGGAGUCUUAGGAAAUAAAUCCAAGAGAAAAAGAAGCAACAUCGACUCGGCAAGCCCAGCAGAGGAAAAGGACAACACAAAAUGGACGUUGUGUAAAGGGAAACAAGCAGGGAAAGAGGCAAGUAUAGAGCCACAAACAGAGGGAUACAUAGACACUCGGACAGAGGCACGUUUCGAGGAAACACUUCCAAAGAGCGGAGAAGCCAAAGAAGACUCCUCCUGUUUUACCGCAAACAUUUUCAAAAAAUUUGACGAGUUGAUUAAAAGAGCGAUAAAUUUAAAAGCAGAAGACAACAGUGAGGAUAACGAAGAAUUUACAUAUUAUAAAAUGUGUACUGUUUAUUGUGUACUUAAAUUUAUUUUUCUUUUAUCAGAAUGGAACUACAAAAUGGGUGGACUAUAUUUCAAAUAUAUGAAAAAUGCAUAUGAGUAUGUUAUAAGUAUAAAAUUGAAUAAAUGGUCAAAUAACAAAUAUAUUAUAAAGAUGGUUAAUACAGCACUCCUUCUAAUUGUACACACGAACUAUCAUAUUAUAAAAAAUAGUGAAAAGGAAUUUUUUAAUUUCAUAUUUAUUCAAUUACAGCAAAGGGAGCAUUCACUAGUUAUAGUAGAAGAACUGCUUGUUACUUUUUUGAAAAAAAAAAAAGAUAUCCUUUUAAAUAAAGAGAUAUAUAUUAAUAUAAAUAAUUAUGCUAAUGAUAAUAUAAAUUUAUUUUUAAAAUAUGGAAAAAAGGAAAAUUUAUUUUUCUUUUUUAAUUUUAUAAAUGUAUAUAAAAAAUUAAUUAUAUCUCACGUUAACAAUUCGGAUAGAAGGACUAUACCUAAUAUAAAAAAUGUACACAAUAUAGAUAUAAACCUAAGUAUUAAGGAUAUAAUUAUGAACAUUUAUAAAUUAUUAGCUUAUAUAGGGGAUGUUUCAAGGGAUUAUAUAUUAAAUAAGAAUAUUGAUGUGUCCAUAGAAGAUGGUAGUAAACAUAUACUGUACUGCGAGGAGAAGAAGAAGGAAAAAAAAGAAUAUUUCUCUUCUGUUGGUAGCAUUUUAGAAACAGUAAAGAUGGGAGAAAAUAAAACUCAUGUAAAUGAGUUCAUCGAACGGAUAGACAACAACCUCCAGAACAACAUCUUCAGCUAUGUAGUACAUAACGUAUUUUCCUUUUUUCAAGAUUUAGUAAAUGAAUUAGAUCCAGAAAGCAUAUGCAUGAACGCGAACGAUUUUGUGAAGUUUAUCAAGCUGUUCUUCAUCCAAAAUAAUGAGCAUGACUUGUUUCUAGUUUUUUAUUUAAAGGAAAAUUUUGUUACAUAUUGCAAAGAAUUGCUAGGAAAAUGUCUAGGUAUUUUUGACGAAUUUGUAAGUAACGUUAUUAUAUACUUAUUUAAAAUAAUAGAUAUAUUAGCAAAGAAUAAAUUACCACCAUAUGGUGAUAUAUAUGAAAAAAAGGAAGCAACAAAAGGAAAACUGUUCAACAUAUUUAGUAAGAUAAAAGAUUCGAAGAAUCAUGAGAGGGAUGCAGAUGAUGCCUUUCUUCGCAUUUAUUAUAGCCUUUAUAAUAAUAUGGUUCAUGUUCUUUCAAUUUUUCUUAAAAAUUUAAAAUACUACACCAAUGAAGAAGUUAAAAAGAUACUGUUAGUACAUUUUGAACAUUUCACUUUUUACAUAUUUAAUCAAAUCAAUAAUGUAAAUUAUGAUUUAAUUUUUCAAAAUAGUAGAUCCCUCUAUUUAACCUUAAAAGUGUUAUAUAAGUUGAUAAAAAUAAAAAAUUUCCAUUUUGAAUAUAUACACAAUAUAUAUUUUAAUUUAACCAAAAUGGAAAACAAACUACACAGUCUAAAUCAAGAAGUAACAUCCUAUUCGUGUUAUAAUAAAAAGCGGUGCAAUAAUAUACUCUUUCUGGAUAAAAUUAAAACGUAUCUUCUAAAAAACUGUGGUGCAUUUCUUUCCGACACGUACCCCUACCCUACAAAAAAGGAAAAAUUUGAAAAUUAUGAAAAAUGUGAAAAGCUUAUUAAACGUGAGCUUGUAGAACCGACUGACCAAGUGGGGGAAAAUAGAAACGUAAAGAAGAGAGGGGUGAAGAAGAUUAAGAAGAAUAAGGAGAAGAUUAAAGAGAAGAAUAAUAUGAUGAAGUUGAAAAUGAAGACGAAAAUUCGCAUGAACAUGAAAGGCGUAGUAAAAAAAACAAAAAAAAAUAAAAUCAAAAAUAAAAUCAAAAAUAAAAUCAAAAAUGAAAUCAAAAAUGAAAACAAAGAAGUAGUUUUAAAUGGCACACCGGAUGAUGUAUUAUUAACGAACCAAAUAAAUUAUACCAGUGAACACAUAGAAGAACACAUAUCUACAAUGGGGGAUUCCCAGUACACCCCGAAUAGCGCUACCGAUGCACGAAAUAAGCAGCAGAUGGAUGGCAAAAUAAACGAAAAGGUUAGUAUCACAUGUGAAGAGAAGAGCAAAAAUAUUAAUGAUAAAGGAUAUGCUUAUGUAGAACUGGGAAAGACAAAAAUGAAUUCCGAAAGGGAUAUAUGCCAUAGGAAUGGUGAAAAUACGAAAGAGCAAAAAUGGAGAGAUACCCAACUACCUUCUGGUAUGACCCUCCAAAUAAUCAGUGAUGAUCAAAGGGAUGAGGAAAAUGUCAAAAUGAUGAAUAAUUGCGUUAACAAUUUCCACCUGAAUGACAACCUAAAUGGAUACCCAGGGGAUGACCAAAGUGAAGGAACGGAUGAGAUGAAGCAGAAAAACGCUAGCAUCUUGCUUAGAAAACAUUUGACCGGAAAGAAUAAUAAUGUAUCGGACAGAGAGCACAACAAGGUAAGUGCUUGCGAAAAAGUUGAACAAAUUAUAGACGUAGACAAAAAUAUCGCAAAUUUAAAAGAGUUAACGGAUAAGAUAAAAAUCGUUUCAUCCUCUGAUGCUUUAAAUUCGCUCAAGUACAUGAAACAAUCAAUUUUAAACGAUUUAUGA